AAACUACGCGUCCCUACUUUGACUUGAACAGAUAUCUUGAAUUUUAUAGCAAGAUUAAAAAUGGACUCGUAUUCACCCUUACUACCGCCAAUAGACUUUUAAAAGUUACCUGGGAAUUUCUUGAAAAUGGCAUCGAACACAUUAUGAACAGAUUAGAAGAGGACUCAGCUAUAAACGUUACAUGA